AUGGUUUCCUAUCUCUCCAUUCCUCUUUACGAGAAGCCCCAUCCUACAACGUCUCCCUCCCGCCCAGAGCUCUCGCAGGCAGGCCGGACCGUCCUUGUACUCGGAGGAUCAAAGGGUAUCGGCCAUGCCAUCGCCCGCAACUUUUGCGCCGCCGGUGCCGCCAAGGUGAUCAUCGCGGCCCGCCGCCCGGGAGUGCUCGAGGACGCCGCGGUCAAGUUGGCUGAGGCCUUCCCCAAGACGGAGGUGGUUCCGCGGGUGUGCGAUAUGCUCAACGAGCAGGCGACCGACGCCUUCUGGGACAAGAUCUCCGCCGGCGGCCCGGACGCAGCGGUUGACGUUGUGGUCUUCAGCGGCUGUGCGAUGCCUGCCCGGGAGCCUAUUCUGAAGCAGGGCAUCGCCCGGGCCUGGGGCGACUUUGAGGGCAACGUGCACGCACCGCUGCGUCAUCUGGAGAAGCUCUACAAUCAGCCGCACCAUGAGAAGAAGAAGUUCUUCCUAUACGUAUCUACUCAAGACAUUCACAACUGGGAUAGCGCUCCCGAGCUGCCAGUGUACCAGCUCAGCAAGCACGCUGGUACGUGUGCGAUGCAGCAAGUCGCCCGGGAGAUACCUGCGACGGACAUGCAGAUCAUCAGCUUCCACCCGGGUGUGGUCUACACCGAGGCGGUGGAAAAGACUGGUUAUACGCGGGAUUCUUUCCCUUUCACCGAUGAAAACAUCCCCGGCCAGUUCGCUGUGUGGGCUGCAUCGGAAGAAGCGGCUUUCCUCCAGGGCCGUUUCGCCUGGUCGAACUGGGACAUUGACCAGGUCAUCUCGGGAGACAUCAGGAAGCAGAUCGAUGCGGACCCAUACCUCCUCAAGACUGGUGUCAGAGGGCUGAUCCCAGUGCUACUCUUUGGCCAGACCGCCCAGGUCGGCGCGAUGGUGGCCAAGCAAUUGCAGCCCGAGUUUGAAGUCAUCCACUUCAUCUACGGCUCCGGGUGGGAAGCCGCGACAGCUGCCGAGCUCGAGCCCGUCCUGCAAGGCAAAGAACCAAAGGUAUCCAAGCCCAACGACAUCGGCACGCACAACUACGCCCGGCCUCCGCGCGCCAUCGUCUUUGGCCGCGGCUACACGCCCGAGCAGGCGCAGGAGGUGCACGACCGGUACGGCCACAUCGCCCGGGAGGCGGUCGCCUGGGUCGUCGGCGACCCGAGCAAGAGGCCGACGCUGCCGCUGCCGGACGACUACGCCGAGAGGCGGGCGCAAGAGGUCAAGGAUGUGAUCAACGGGUGGUUGCAGGAGGGUGCUACGGCGAGUAAGGUCUUGCUUUAUUGA